AUGACAUUAACAGCGAAAGAGCAAGAACUUUGGGAUUCUCUUCCAAAGAAGGUUCAAAAGCCAGAUUUAAACCAGACAGGAUUCCCUGGCUAUUUGACUAAAUCUGAGGAAUCAGCCUUGGAGCAACUGAGGAUGAUAUUAGAGGCUGAGGGCUAUAAGGAAAGAUUAGAUGAUUCAACCAUACUUAGAUUUCUAAGAGCCAGAAAGUUCGACGUGAUGCUAGCAAAGAAGAUGUUUGAUGAUUGUGAGAAGUGGAGAAAGGAGUUUGGCACAAACACCAUUUUGACAGAUUUCAAGUACACAGAGAAACCUAAAGUGGCAAAGUACUAUCCCCAGUACUAUCACAAGACCGAUAAGGACGGAAGGCCGUGCUAUUAUGAGGAGCUUGGUGCCGUCAACAUUCCAGAAAUGUACAAGAUCACUAAUCAGGACAGGAUGCUCAAGAAUCUUGUUUGGGAGUAUGAGGCAUUUACGAAUUACAGACUUACUGCUUGUUCGAGAAAAGCCGGCUACUUGAUUGAGACAUCUUGUACGAUUUUGGACCUAAAGGGGAUUUCACUUUCAUCCACGUACCAAGUGUUGAGUUAUGUGAGAGCAGCCUCCAAUAUUGGCCAAAAUUACUAUCCUGAAAGAAUGGGAAAGUUCUAUCUCAUCAAUGCACCUUUCGGCUUUGCUACUGCUUUCAGAAUUUUCAAGCCUUUCUUGGACCCGGUUACCAUCUCCAAGAUUUUCAUCCUUGGCUGGAACUAUAAGAGCGAGUUGUUGAAGCAGAUUCCUGCUGAGAAUUUGCCCGUUAAGUUUGGUGGUAAGAGUGUUGUUAGUGAGGAGGAAGGGGGCCUUUUAUUGAGUGAUAUUGGCCCUUGGAAAGAUAAGAAGUACAUUGGCCCAGAAGGUGAGACCCCAAGUGUCUAUUAA